GUCGAAUUGAAGGCUUCCCCUUAACAAGGGCAUCCUAGGCCCUGCUUGGAGACUAUCUUAUCUUCAUCUCUUCCAAUCAAUCUCUGUUUCUCCUACUGUUCAGUUGUUCUGCUCUCUCUACCUCGAUCAUCGGUGCCAUGGCGGCGGAAUGGUUUGUUGGUCCAAUCUUGGAAAAGAUCAUCAACGCUUGCUCUGAUUACCUGCGAGAACAAGUCGGAUGGCAGACGGGCAUGAAGAAGGAGCUGGAAAGCCUGCGAGAAAACCACCCCAAGAUCCAAGCUGUCGUCUUUGCCGCUAACCAAGAACAAAUUAGCGAUCAGAACCCAGCUCUCAACAAAUGGAUAUGGCAGCUGCGAGAUGCUGUUGAUGAGGCAGAUGAUGUGCUCGAUGAGUUUGAGUACAUGAAGCUUGAAAAAAAGCUGACCAAAAACAAGAAGCUGAGAAAGGUGCGUUCCAUCAUGAAAUCCGUAAGUAAAAGACUUGUCAAAAUUGGCAAACGUGCUCUCAAAAUUGAUCCCAAAUUGAAGAGGCUGGAGGAGGUUGUGCAGAAACUAGAUAAAGUUUCAGCUGGGGUUAGUACUUUUCUUCAUCUUCUAGAUAGCGCAAAGCAGGAGCAGCGGGAGCAGCAGCGUGUGUUGUCCGAAGCACGUGAAACAGGAUCCUUGGCUACAAAUGAUCUCAUCGGGAGAGGCGAGGCUAAGGAUUUUGUUCUGCAAUGGUUGAGGAAGCCAUCAAAUGAGCCUCGGACAACUAGGUACGGAAACAUUUCUCUUCUAUCUAUAGUUGGCCAUGGUGGUAUGGGAAAAACAACUCUCUUGCAGCACGUCUAUGAAGAUGAAAUGACGAAGGAAUUUGAUCUUAAAAUGUGGGUUUGUAUUUCCAACAACUUUGAUGUGAAAAAAGUCAUUGCAGAUAUGUUGGAAUCUCUUAAGAAGGAGAGGCCUCGUUUGGAGACACUUAAAGCACUUCAAGAUUGUCUUCAGACUGAGAUGAUGUCCAAAAAGUUCCUACUUGUGCUGGAUGACAUUUGGGAGAGUGAUGAGGAGCUGGAUAAACAAAAAUGGGAGAAGUUGCUUGCCCCUCUGGCUUAUGGGAAUAUUGGUAGUAGAAUUUUGGUAACAACUCGAAUGGACUCGGUUGCAAUGAUGAUUGCAACGGUCAUUAAAAAGAAGACGGAAAUAUUUAGAUUAGAGGGCUUGGAGGAAGAUCAGUGUUUGCAGCUCCUCAACUCUCAUGCAUUUGCUGAUGUAGAGAAUCCUAAUGAUUAUAAAAGAUUAAGAUCCAUUGCUGGUGAGAUAGUUAAAAAGCUUUUAGGAUCUCCAUUGGCAACAAAGGUCAUCGGUGGUGUUUUGAAUUCUAGCUUGGAUGAAAGACAUUGGACAAAAGUUUUAAAUAGUGAUUUUGUAAGUCCAAAAUUGGGUCAGGAUGACAUCUUUCUCACUUUAAGAUUGAGCUAUAUGUUCCUCCCAAAACAUCUACAAAAUUGCUUCGCAUUUUGUUCUAUAUUUCGUCAAGAUUAUCGGUUUGAUAAAGAUGAUUUAGUCAAAAUGUGGAUUGCAUUGGGUUUCAUUCAGCAACCUCAUAAUCAAGAAUGGACUAUGGAGGAUAUUGGAGGAAGGUAUUUUGAUGAUUUGGUUAAAAAGUCAUUCUUUGAUAAGUUUGGACCAUAUUACAAGAUGCAUGAUUUAAUACAUGAAUUAGCACAAUUAGUUUCCAUACAUGAAUGUUUAAGAGUUGAGGAUAGUACAAAGUUGCAUUCUAUAAUUCCUGAGACUCUUCGACACUUGUCAGUUCAAACUACAAAUGCAGACAUCAUAAAAAAGAUUGAGAAGUUUAAAUAUUUGCAUUCUCUUUUCUUGUUUGAUAGAACUUUUAAUCAGGAUCUUUGCAAUGCACUUACUGAAAUAUUCAAAGCAUCGAGAAACUUACGCUUAUUAUACAUAUCUUCUAUACCCUUGAAAACGAUACCUGAGGGAAUUGAAAAUUUGAUACAUCUUCGAUACUUAAAGAUUGAUGGUUCUUUUUUUACAAUGCUGCCAAGAUCUCUAAGUAAUCUCUAUCACUUGCAAUAUAUAAUCUAUGAUAGCAAAAGGGCAAGCCAACAAGAUUUUUUACCAAGGGACAUUAAUAACCUUUCUAACUUGCGUAACGUGAAAUUGCCUGGGAAUUAUAUUUCACCGAUAUGUGGGAUUGGGAAGCUAAAGUCUCUUCAAGAACUGAAUAUGUUUUCUCCUAGAGAUGAGAGCGGUUAUAGAAUUGCGGAGUUGGAGAAUAUGAAUGAUCUUUGCAAAUUAGGAAUCAAUUGCCUUGAAAGUGUUAAGGAUGCCGAGGAGGCUUGUAGUGCCAAAUUAUAUGCCAAGAGGAGGCUCACAUAUUUAACUUUAUGUUGGAGUACCACUGAUUCGAGGAACAUCGGUUUAGAUGAGAACGUGCUUGACAACCUUCAACCACAAAAAUGUCUAAGGAAUUUGAGCAUAAAGAGAUACAUGGGUGCAAGGUCUGCAGUAUGGAUGAACAAUGUCAAUCCGAUCUUCAAUCUAGAGAAAAUCUUAUUGACAGAAUGCUUGGAGUGGGAAACUCUUCCUCCUUUCGGGCAACUUCCCUUCCUCAAGUCUCUAAAACUUGAGGAGAUGCCGAAAGUAAAAUAUCUCCAAAGUAAAUUUAAUAGGAAUGAUAAAUACCAUGCCUUUCCAUCGCUACAAGUGUUACAUAUUAGCUACUUAGAAGCAUUAGAGGAUUGGUUUGAGGCAGGAGUAGCUGCUGAAGAUGCAUGUUUGUUUCCUUGCUUAAUUGAACUGAAGCUAUUUGUCUGCCCGAAGUUGAAAGAGUUGCCCUCUUUGCCUCCUAAGCUCAAGAGCUUGAAGAUACAUUUUACAGGGUGGAAGACUUUGAAUUGUUGCAGCAUUUCAAAUUCUCUUCCCCUUGAAACAUUAGAGGUCUCUGGCUGUCCAAACAUGACAUCUCUUCAUCUGGCUGAUGAAAUAGCAAGACUUGCAGCACUAAGAUCCUUGACAAUUACAAAGUGCCCCAAUCUGAUCUCUCUCGGUGAAAUGCAAACCGCUAAUAAUUGCCAUCUCAUGCUCAGCCAACUUAGCAUAAGUGAUCCAUCGGUGUUGCUAAUGGAGCCAUUGAGAAGUAUCGCCGCCUUGAAAAAUCUGAGAAUCGGGGAUAAUGAUGUGCUGGUUUCAUUUCCAAAUGAGGCGGACCAGUGGUUUCUGAAAGUUAGAUCUUCUCUUUCUGAGCUGGUAUUUUCAUAUCUGAAAUCCUUACAGUCUCUGCCUUCCUCCUUGGAAAGCUUAUCUUCACUUCAGAAACUGCAUAUUUAUGAUGCUCCUAUGCUUCGGGAAUUACCGAACCUUCCUCACAACUUAAAUCUUCUAUCCAUUUCGAGAUAUCAUCCAGAGUUGAAGGAGCGCUAUGGAGAGGAUGGAGGCUCCGAUCGGCACAAGAUUGCUCACAUUCCUCAUAUCCUUAUUGAUACAUGAGCAAACUUCUUUCUUCUUUUCUUAUUUGUUUGUAUAAUUUGAUGUAAUCAAUUAUAUUUAUUUAUGUAU